AUACACAACAAGUGAAGUCUCUCCUCAGCCUCGAAUGCUGUCAUGACAAUGACAAAGAGGAAAUACUGAGUGAAAUCAAGUAAAGGUAUAAACUGGAAGAAAGACUGUGGCAGGAGGAUCUAGGUGUUGGGAAGCUGCUCUGGGGAGGCAGAAGGUGUGCAUUUCAGAAGCUUGGAACUACUGUAGGUAAAGCACAAGGGUGUGGCAGCUCUGUUCCGGUGGAAAAGUUAAUAUCUCAGUUUAGUCCAAUGCAGUCUUCUGAUCCUCUUGCUUCUCAUUGUAUGCUGCUUUCCCCUAGUUAUGACUGGAGGACACAUACAAGAAUUUGCAUGCUUCACUGACUUUGACAAAGAGCUGGUUUGCCACUGGAAGGUGCCUGCACAAACAAAUUGUUCCAAAGAAUUCCUGCUCUGCUACAGCAAGGAAACUUCUUCUGUGUCAAACAUGUGUGUUCCUGAGAAUGAAAAAGACAGUUUAAGGUGCACUUGUACAAUAUAUCCAGAUUAUUUUGUAUCAGGCCUCACCUAUAUUCUAGCCCUACAAUUCAAUGGCACUUACAUAUGGAAUUACAAUGUUACACCAGCCCUUGUUGUUAAGCCGAGGGCCCCCAAAAAUCUUGCCAUUGAGAAAGCUGAAAAUGGUAACUUCAAUCUGAGUUGGGAGGAGAGCCACUCUCAUUCAUCCUUGCUCUCUGGACAGCCAGUCAUCUAUGAAGUGAAGUACUGGAGGAAGCAGCACCCAACAGAGGUUUCUGUAAAAGAAAUUAACUACCAAGCAAAAAGCUUUGAGAUUACUGCAAGCUCCUUGAAGAGAGGCUACGAUUACGUUGCAAGUCUCAGGUGUAACUACAUGGACUUCCCAGCCUACUGGAGUGAAUGGAGUGAAGAAGUUGAAUUUCACUAUGAUUACCAGGUAAAGGCUGAAGACAUUCUGCGGAUGGCUGUGCCCACAUCCUGCAUACUGAUCGUGGCAGGAUCUGUAAUUUGUUACUUCUGUUUCACCAAGGUGAAGAAAGAAUGGUGGGAUCAAAUCCCAAAUCCAGCAAAAAGCCAUUUGGUUGUAAAAAAUGUCAAGUUUUCAGUUUCGUGCCACUUUGAUGAAAUUGAGUUCCCAUUCCAUGACUCAAAGCAGGGUCAUAAGAAACAGCAAAUAAAUUGCAAGAACUGUCUGGCUCAAAGUUUGCCAAGCCAAAACUUCAAGGGAAAAGAUAAUAUCAGAAAUGCUGAGAAAUCUUGCAGUUGCCACAGCAAGUCUGGAGAGUGGUUGCCAGAAGGCAGCACUGCAGUUUUUACCCCUGAUACAAUCCCAGUUGAAGAGUGUAUAGAAAUCUGUGUAUGUUUAACAGACAGUGAAACUGAGAGCCAAGAAGAAACUGGCAACCAGAUCACCAUGUUUGAGCCUUGUGAGAGCAGCACUGGUGCUUUCAGAGAACACCCUGAACACAAUGAGUUACUAGCUAACAUGUUUGAUGCACUCCUGGCAGAUGAAAAUAACAUGCAAGACAAUAAAGGCCCAAACAUCCCUGCAGCUGAGAGGAAAACCUUAGAGAACAUUGGGUCAGAAAAUCCAUCACAGGAAAAUCCAAAAGGAAGCACAGCCCAGGGUCUGCAACCAUGUGAUAUUUCUCAUACAGUUCCCCUUUUCACCAAAGCCUCUAAAGAUGACUAUAAUUGUAGUACAGUCAGCAAAGAGUCAGAACUAUCAGAAGAAUCCUUUGAAUCUGGCUAUCAGAGCUCCAGUAUAAAUUCUGCUUCUCUGGAUGCAAGAGAUCUUCAACAAAUGGUUCAUCAAAGUCUCUUUCCAUGUAGUUCUGAAAGUGAACUUGGCUCUUGUGCCCUGAUCCAGGGGUCUACAAAUAAAACAUUGUCUGGAACCAAAACAGACAGAAUAAGCAGUGCUGCAGACAAGACUUUUGAUACCUUUGUGUCUGCGUCCACAGGUUUGUGUGGUUCUGCCUACAAGAGCUGUGACACCCUUUUGUCUCCAUCCCUGGAACCCUGUGUCUCUGCCUACAGGAGCUUUAAUAUGCUUGUGUCUGCAUGCAAGGAACCAAGCAGCUCUGCAUACAAGAGCUUCAAUGCCCUCAUGUCUCAGUCGACGGCUAACAGUAGUCUGAGUCUGUGCUUAGAAAGCACGCCUUCCUCACUGCCUUUGAGAUACUUGUCAGAGACACCCAAAUGCAGCUGCAGAGAUCAAAGCACUCAGCCUGUCAGCAAUCAGACAUGUUAUAACAACUACAGAUCUUCCAGCACCAAGCCUGAUUUUCCAAACACCUGUCCAGAACAUACUGAUUUUCUGUUUUUGUCCACACAUGCAAAUGAAGGUUCUUCAGCUUUUCUUUCAGAGGAAGAAAUAGAUAAGCAAGUAAUAUAUCAAAAUGUUGAAAGGAAAUCAAAUACAAUUUCUUGCCCCAUUUCACCUCAGCUAUCUGGUUAUCAGCCUUUUGGUAGUGCAGGUGAACGUACCAGUCUAUACUGGGAGAGUGACAAUGAGGUUAUCUCUACAUCACUAUAUGAAUCCUUCAUUAAUCUGUGAAACAACAUGAGUGAAGCACCUCUACUGCAAUCUAUGAACCUGAGUCAAGGAUAAAGGAGAGUGCAUGUUUGACUGUUCAGGGUUCUGACUGCACCGUUGUCCCAGGUUUAGCAUCUAGUGAGAAUGACACGCAGACUAGUGAUGGCAGCCCUUGGAUCAACAGUGCUAAUGAGCUGUCUGGUGAUAGCAAUGAUGAAAAUACCGGCAGAGAUGAGCAGCUGUUGCAUUUGCUAGAGAUGAGAUGUCAAGAUUUAAACAGCAGAGAAAGAGCUACAAAGGGAGCAAAAUGGAAGAGCUUUAACCCUUCUGGGAAAGUAAUGCAAGAGGGUGGUGACAACAGACUAAAAUACUGACUUCCACAGCCACUCACACAACCACUUGAGGGAACUUGGAGAUGCAGGGGGAAGUGAAGAGGUGCUGAAGCAUGCAGAUGGGGGUAGGGGAUGUGGCUCAGCAGUCAGCUUACCAGCAUGGCUGGACCCUAUUGGGCUAAAUUUCAAAAAACUGUUGAGCCUCUGGAGCUCCAGGGCUCAGACAAGGUGUUACCUUGUCGUCUUGUUAGUAACUCCUAUCCUGAUUCUCGCACCAUUCACAGUGAGGACUCCAGACUGGCACUUGCAGUUAAAAAAAGAGAGCAGUAGAACUGUUAAUGGAAAACAGCAGAAAGAAUGAGAAAAAAAUGAAACUUGUGCAAACCCUUGCUCAAGAGGACAACUGCUGUAUGGAGGUAGACUAGCCACAUAGUUCAGCCAGUAGACUGGACUAGUCUUUGGGAAUAUAUGGUAUGGCAAGUUGAGUCGUUGCUUGUUAUUUCAGUAGUGAUUGAAGUGAGGGCUGCUAUAGGUCACUCAGGACUCACUGGGUUGUAGCACUCCUGCCUGCCUGGGACUGGCAGCUGGGACAUGUUGCAGACCCCUGGGGACAGCUGGGGUUAGCACCCAGCAGUGAUAGCCACAGCUCUAAAGGGACAAAGUCAGAGCUGGUGUCUCCAGCUGUGAGCAAUCUCUAAAAGGGAGCAGCAGCUGCAGGAAGCAGGAGUUCUUAAUGCAGCUUCUUUGGUUAUUGUCCUGGCUGUAUGUUGCUUGGGAAGCACACAACGGUGAUGUGGAAUGUGCUGGCACACCUAAAAGUGGGAUAUAGGUCCAGGUCCAAAGGGAAGGUGAGUGAUUUAUCAUACAGCUUCCAUAAUUUAUUUAUUUGGGUUCCAUAACUUAAUUAAGUUUUGUGUGUUUAGCCCUGCCAUGGGGUGCAUGUUUCUAUACCUGCUCAAUUAAAUAAGUGAAAUAAAGAUUACUGUUAUUUGUGCUUACACAGUA